CAACAAGCUGGCUAUAAAUUGCAACGCCAUUCUUGUGUGCGUCCCUUCAUCUACUGUUCUGAAAGAUUUCUGAGUUAAACUUCAUCACUCCAGGUUUUCCUUUUUCCGGUUCUUGAUGGCGUCAAGCGGAGAUCCGAUGGAAUCCAAUUGGAUAGUGGACACUUCCCUAGAGCUUAGCACGUCGUAUCCGAAGAAAGAAAUUGUUCCGGAAAAUGAUAACUCUCGAGGAGGGCGAGGAGAAGAGCUCGUUGUUAAGCAUGAGGCCAGUGCACUGGUCGAGGAGUAUCACCGAAUUAGCCACGAGAACAGGAAGUUGACCGAAACGCUGACCCUUAUGCACGAGAGCUACAAUGCGCUGCGAAACCAAUUGAUUAUCAUGGAGAAUAGAACCUCCGAAAGUGAACUCAGCAUGUCAAGAAAAAGGAAGCAUGAAGCUAAUGUCGCCGCAGAGAGUUGUGGUUACGACGAAGAUCCGAUGUUCAAGAAGCCAAAGGACAGCUUCAAACCCAAGAUCUCUAAAAUCCAUUUCCGAACUGAUGCGUCUGACAUGAGCCUUGUAGUGAAGGAUGGUUAUCAAUGGAGGAAAUAUGGUCAAAAGGUCACAAGAGACAACCCCUCUCCAAGAGCUUACUACAGAUGUUCCUUUGCCCCAACUUGUUCUGUUAAAAAGAAGGUAAAAAAAAGUGUUGAUGACCCGUCCGUCCUAGUGGCCACAUAUGAAGGAGAGCACAACCACCCGGGCCUGUCUGAGCCCGUGAUUCCACUAUAUUCUGAAAAACAGGGGCUGAAUCACGGCACCCCUCCAAUUCCAUCGCCCUCGAAGUCGAGAUCUCCUAGUCCUAGGAAUACUCCGGAUUUGAUGCGCCCAGGAUUCGACACUCUAUCUGCAAAACCGGGCCAAGAAACAGAAGGAACGGCGCCAUUUCAACAGUUUCUGGUGCAGCAGAUGGCCUCUUCCUUGAAAAGAGAUCCCAAUUUCACGGCAGCCCUCGCGGCUGCGAUAUCGGGAAAGAUAUUCGACCAAGCCCGAAUUGAGAAGUGGUGAAUGGACAGGGCAUCAUCGGAGUUGUGUAUUUAGCGUGAUUUACAUAUAGUUCGAGGAUUGAAUUUGAUGGUCGGGUCAUGACGAUGGUCGGUUUUGGAUUGAAGAUGCGAACAUCAAGUUGAUCUGCUCACGAGCUUAUUUUGAGUACAAGCUACUUGUACUCGACUUGAUUGCUUAGAGGUUUAGUCGAAUUUGAGUAGCUUGCAUAUUGUCGGGUGAUUUGACGACAGAGUGUUCAUCUGCUUAUACUA